AUGGUCGAUUCCAAUCCAAACCUCAUCCAAGAUGACUUGCGGCAACGCAAUGCUAUACCUCUGAUUUUGAUCCACGAUGGCAGCGGCACUAUUUUUAGCUAUUACAUCCUUGACAACAUCGAUCGAAAGCUCCUAGGUAUCGCUAACCCACGGUUCAAGUCCGGGAUUCCCUGGGCUGGGGGUCUACGCGAAAUGGCAACAAUCUAUGCUGGCCUUGUUGCGUCUGCCAUCCUAUCUGGGCCUGUCAUUCUCGGUGGAUGGUCAUUGGGAGGGCUCCUGGCCCUCGAGACCGCUCAUGUUUUAUCCCAGUCAUACCCCGAUGUGAGUGUGGCAGGCCUUGUUCUUAUCGACAGCGUUUACCCGCUCCCACCCAAGGCGGGUUGGAGUGUCCCAGGAAUGCGGUUGGCCGAACUUCGCAUCGAGUGGCCUGCAACAACGACAAGGGCGACGAAAAUUUGUGUGGAAAGGUGCUUCAAGGAGGCGUACCGAAUGACGACGGCAUACUUUACGUCGACCUCUACCGCCAAGAUCGACGACUAG